GACCUUUCGUUUGCGAAAACUCAGAAACUUGGAGACAGCUGUAGCUAAACUUCAGCCCAAACUGGUAAAUGACGAAGGGGCUUCUUCCAAAGCCAAGGAGAAAGGGCUGUCCGGCAGAUAAUCGCCAGAAUGGGAGUCAAUGACUUGUGGCAAAUUUUGGAGCCUGUUAAGCAGCACAUACACUUGCAGGAUCUUGCUGGGAAAACCAUUGCAGUUGACCUGAGUCUCUGGGUGUGUGAGGCACAGUCAGUCAAAAAAAUGAUUGGAAUUGUCAUGAAGCCCCACCUCAGGAACUUAUUUUUUCGUAUUUCGUGUUUAACGCAAAUGGGUGUGAAAUUAGUGUUUGUUAUGGAAGGGGAACCACCAAAGCUGAAAGCUGAUGUCAUGAGCAAGAGGAAUCAGAUGCGUUAUGGACCUUCGGGGAAAACAUGGUCGCAGAAAACAGGGAGAUCACAAUUUAGCUCAGUCUUAAGAGAGUGCCUUGAUAUGCUCGAAUGCUUGGGCAUCCCCUGGGUUCAGGCUGCUGGGGAAGCUGAAGCCAUGUGUGCUUACCUCAAUGCGGGUGGUCAUGUGGAUGGCUGCCUCACCAAUGAUGGGGAUGCUUUCCUCUAUGGGGCCCACACUGUUUACAGGAAUUUCACUAUGAACGUCAAGGACCCGCAUGUUGACUGUUACACUAUGUCAUCCAUCAAGAAUAAACUAGGUUUGGAUAGAGAUGCUCUGGUUGGACUAGCAAUACUUCUUGGCUGUGAUUAUCUUCCAAAGGGAGUUCCUGGAGUUGGAAAAGAGCAAGCAUUAAAACUUAUACAGACUUUGAAAGGCCAAAGUUUGCUUCAGAGGUUUAAUCAGUGGAAUGAAAGACCUUGUUACUCUAUUCCACAACCAGUAAUACCUAAAAAACUGACUCAUUGCUCUGUGUGUUCCCAUCCAGGUUCGCCUAAGGAUCACGAACGUAAUGGAUGCAAAUUUUGUGAGCGUGAUAGGUACUGUGAACCACAUGACUAUGAGUACCACUGUCCUUGUGAAUGGCAUGAGAGGCAGCUACAGGGUGUGGAGAACAAUAUCAAAAAGAAAGCUUGCAGUUGUGAGGGAUUCCCAUUCCAUGAGGUCAUUCAAGAAUUCCUUUUGAACAAGAAUAAAUUGGGGAAGGUCAUCAGGUACCAAAGACCUGAUUUAUUAUUAUUUCAGAGAUUCACUCUUGAAAAAAUGGAGUGGCCCAAUCACUAUGCAUCUGAGAAAUUGCUGAUGCUCUUGACCCGCUAUGACAUGAUAGAAAGGAAACUUGGAAGAAAGAAUUCUAGUCAACUGCAGCCAAUUCGAAUUGUUAAGCCCCGAAUCAGAAAUGGAAUUCAUUGCUUUGAAAUAGAAUGGGAAAAGCCUGAAUAUUAUGCUAUGGAAGAUAAACAACCUGGAGAAUUGGCUGUACUUACAAUCGAAGAAGAAUCAUUAUUUGAAGAGGCCUAUCCUGAGGUUGUUGCUGUUUACCAAAAACAAAAAUUAGAAAUUAAAGGGAAGAAACAAAAAAGUAUGAAAAUUAAGUCUAUAGAAAAUAAUUUGCCAGAAUCUGAUGACGUAAUGAGUUUUCAGGCACUCAUGACUUCAAAACCCACAUGUGAAAUCUUUCCUAAGCAGAAUUCCAAGUUAAAUUUGGAAGUCGCUCCUCAUCCUGUAUUACCACAGGAAUCUAUUACUGCGUCACUGAAUAGCUUGCUUUUACCUGAAGGUGCUUACUAUUUGAAUACACAAAAACAGUUAAUGCCUUCUCCUAGACCUUCAACAAAAGAGCCAGUGAAGGGUAUUAAUAAGUCUAUAGUUUCAGAAUCUACUCAACCAAAUACCUCAUCCCAUAAUGUAUCUAUGAUUGCUAAUCUACACUUGAGCACCAUUGACUGGGAAGGUACUUCUUUUAGUAAUUCUCCAGCUAUUCAAAGGAAUACUUUCUCUCAUGAUUUACAAUCAGAACUUGAAUCAGAGCUAUCAACCAUUUCUCCUGGCUUUGAAAAUACCCUAGAACAAUUGUCAUGUGAGCCAAAACAGUAUACCAUGAACAACAAUGAAGUAUUAGAUGGGACUCUUCAAAAGAUUAGUCCUGAAGAGCAUCUGCUCUCUGGCAUUACUGAUUUAUAUCUUCACGAUUUGUCUUUAAAGGAACGAAUAAAUAAAAAAUUAUUUCCUCAGAAUAAUGUACAACCAGAUGUUGACCUCAAAACUUUGUCCCUAUUAAGGGUAAAAGAAUUGUGCCAUGUUAAUAGUAGUUCUGAUUAUCCAUCACAUCUUUCAGAGGACCUUCCGAGAAUUCAUUUGCAAAAUGAAUCCAGAAACUCUGAAAUUCUAAAAGAAGACCAGCUGCUUCAAGGAAAUUGUAAAGUGAAUACUUCCAUACCUUAUUCUGUCAAUGACUCAAUAGUAAAGACCUCUAGUGCUCAAGUUGGACCACCAAGUACUAUUUUCUAUCAUAGUAGAAAAGUUGAUAAGCAAUCCUCUAAGAAAAUUGUCAUGAAUAGUGUUUGCCUUGACAGAUGUUCCUCUGAUGAAGAAAGUGCUCCAGUGCAUGGGAAAGCUAAGGACCCAACUCAGAAAAUGGAGCACUGUUCUCAGAAGUAUAACCCAGUCCUAUCCAGAGACAGUAACCACAGCAAAUUCAGUGGACCUAAGGUGCAUACUAAGGAGACCGAGCUUUCUGUGAAGUCCCAUAAGACAGCUGGAAAUGGAGAAAACUGCUUUCCAGAUCCAACAAACAGUUCUCAGAGGUUUCUACAAUAUCAUAAGAAGGACUGUAACCCUGGAACUUGUUUGGAUAGUCCUCUUCCUUUGUGUCAAAGAUUAAAACUAAGGUUCCAAAACCCUUGAAAUUUAAAAUACUUAAGUAUAACUUACUACUCUACUACUGUCAGCAUUAGCAGAAGAGGGAUGGU